GGCUCAGGAGGACGACGGGCAGAGAUUUAAACAGGAAGAUCUGUUCAGACGUCUGAUUCCACAUCUUCAGCUCGUCAAGAAGACUUCGUCUGUCUUCCAGCAUGAAGCACCUGGUUCUGGAGCUGCUUGUCCUGACUCUGCUGGGAUUUGUCUGGACCCAGAAGACGACACCGACCACCACGAUGACCAUCAGCACCAGCACCAACUCGUCGACCAACGCCACCAGCUCCGGCAACGGCAACGUCAAUGGCAAUGGCAAUGGCAAUGGCAACGGCAACGGCAACGGCAAUGGCAACGGCAACGAUCCCAACGGAAACCAGACCUCAGCCAACCCCACGAUGGCGACCACCAUGUACACAAAGAACGGCCAGAACCACGUGUUCACUUCGGUCCGUCUGCUGCUCGGAUGUUUGGUUCUCGGAGCUCUGUGGCUGUGAACAGCGCCGAUGAACACAUCGCAUGUCCAAGCUGAGUUUAGAGCCUCUCUUAUGUUUUUCUUUUUUAGAACAGAAAAGGGUUUGCUGUAGAAUAAUAAUAACGACUUUACUUCUAUGGCAUCUUUCAAAACAAAGUCACAGUCAAGAGCGAACCAUCCGGUAGCCGUGAGUCACUGCUGAUAAUAUUCCACUAGAGGCUUUAAAACAAGCAGGAAAAUCUUCAUAUUAACUCUGAACUC